UGGGUCAAGCACAGCAGAUGGGACUAGUUUAGUUUGGGAACAUGGUUGGCAUGGACUAGUUGGACAGAAGUGUCUCUUUCCAUGCUAUGCGAAUAUAGAAAGGGUGGGUCAUAGCAAUGUCUUGCAGCAAGGUCUAAGUGUGGGCUAUGUUGGAGAGAUGAGUGGGGGGUUUGGGGUGGUGCUGAACAUCUCACUUCCUCAGAGGAAGUCCUCAGGCAGAAUCAUGGAAUUUGUUUGGUAAGCAUUCAUGGUAGAGUGUCUCAGAGAGGGGUUUUUGGGGAGAGGCAGGUUAGUGGGGUGUUGAGAGUCAUCGAGAUCUACACCACAAAAAAAGACACUAACCCAUUGCUCCUCAAAUUCAGACUAGUUUGUUAUAAAGUGAUGUUUGGAAAGAGUUCAACUCUAUCAGUUAUCACUUCCCCUCCACACCACCCUAUUUAGUAAGGGCUGGGUGGGGCAGGGUCAGUGCCAGUGGUCCCUAACCAUUUCUGCUGCAGUCUUACUGUGUCAGAUAGUUUCAGUUCUGUGGCUGUUCUUCUGGCCCCCAGCUUCCUGUCGCGCUCUGUGUAAUACUGAGUCCAUUCACAAACUAAUAAUUCAGCAGAAUUAAUCAGUAUUUCGUUCACAGGAAGGCAGAGCUAACAGAGGUAGAAUAACAGAGAGAGGGACAGGGAGUGAGAAAGAGAGAGGAAGACAGAAAGAGAGGGAUAUCUACAGACGUAAUGGGUGAUAUAGAAUGAUAUUUCAGUACUUGUUAUGUGUAGUUUUGGACCGGUUCGGCUGUGCCUCAGACAACCAACAAAAGAUUCAGGACUCUUUGUUCACUGAGGGCCAUCAUCCCUCAGUUGGAAAUACUUUUGUCUUUGAGCCUGAAGAUUUUGAUUUAAGUCCCACCAGUUUGGGGUGGGGGGGGCUGAUAUUUUGGGCUCAUGUGUUCUGAGGCAGCGAUGGCUGUGACAGGGCCCAAGCUAUAGCAGCUGCGAUCCUCUCUAACAGGCUCCUGCUGCCCCAGUUGCCUGCACGUUGCUCUCAAAGGUUCACUGAGGCACUGUGAUACUUGUCAAGCCUUGAUAGAAGGUCACAGUGGAACAAUGAUUGGAAAGCACUGACCCAGAGACUUAAGCUCAAAAAUCAAGGUGUUCACUGUCAGAGGAGUUAGCUCUUGAAUGGGAUGUGAUGUUGAGUCCCAAUCUGCCCGCUUGGGUGAGCCGAAAAUGUCCACCAGCACUAUUUUGAAGAAGCUGGUGCCCUGGCCAAUACAUUUAUCCUUCAAUCACCAUCACAAAGAACAGAUUAUCUGCUCAAUAUCACAUUCCACCUUGUGGGAGUUUGCUCCCUGUCGCAUGGUUUCUCUUACAUUAUAACUAGAAUGAGCUCGGUGUCACAGUCUGACCACAAGUCACCCAGGAGUCAGCAGCCCUGCUCACUGUCAACUGCCCAACAGAAACCAGAGAGAGGGCAAGAGGGGAAGGACAGGCAAGAGCCUGCAAAGGGUUACACCGCAAUUCAUCCAGAGACCCAUCGAAUUCAGCCAGGACAUCAGCGAGGCAGGAAACCUCAACACGGCAGGGGGGGUCGUUCCGUUAUGACAAGGUGGUGCUGUGAGAACAAUGUCCACGGUGUCUAUCACUGAUGUUGAUUAUGGAGAAAGUAGACUGUUUCUGCACAUAUCGAGGACAAGUGUCCGGGUCAAACAGGGAUCAUCCUGACAGCAGUCUUCAGUCUGCCAGAGACCCUGCAGUGAAAGCAAGAGUUCAACUCAAUCCUGCUGGAUAUCAGGACAAAGCAACUCACAGCUACUGGGCUGACGAUGUGAAAAUAGAGUCUGCGCUCUUCUCUCAUGCCAACCAGAGCCUGGGUGAGCAACAUCGAGCAAAACGUAAGAAGGGUCCGGCUCCGAAGAUGCUGGGGAACGAAGUGUGUAGUGUGUGCGGAGACAAAGCGUCUGGCUUCCACUACAAUGUGCUCAGCUGUGAGGGCUGCAAGGGUUUCUUCAGACGUAGUGUGAUCAAGAGUGCCCAGUAUUCCUGCAAGAACAAUGGAGAGUGCCAGAUGGACAUGUACAUGCGCAGAAAAUGCCAACAGUGCCGACUACGCAAGUGUCGACAGGCAGGGAUGUUGGAGCAAUGUGUCCUCUCAGAAGAACAAAUCCGACUGAAGAAAAUGAAGAAGCUGGAAGAAGAGGUGACAAAAACUGUGAGGGUGACCUCAAGCCCACUGUCUGGCUGGGGAAUACCAAGACUUGAUAUUGCCCAAAUUGAGAUGAUCAGAAAGCUGGUUGCUGCUCAACAGCAGUGUAACAAGCGUUCAUUCAGUGACCGACUGAAAGUGACCCCAUGGCCACAGAGCAUUGAUAUGCACAAUCGAGAGAUGAGGCAGCAGAGAUUUGCACACUUCACUGAGCUGGCAAUCAUCUCUGUUCAGGAAAUAGUUGACUUUGCAAAACAGCUGCCAGGGUUCCUGGACCUCACCCGUGAAGACCAGAUUGCUCUGCUGAAGACUUCUACUAUUGAGAUCAUGCUGUUGGAAACAUCUCGAAGGUAUGAUCCAGAGAUCCAGGGCAUCACCUUUCUGAAAGAUUUCAGUUACAACAAAGAGGACUUUGCCAGGGCGGGAUUACAGUUUGAGUUUAUCAAUCCCAUCUUUGAGUUUUCAAAGGGCAUGAAUGAUCUCCAGUUGGAUGAUGCAGAAUACGCUCUCCUCAUUGCUAUCAGUCUCUUCUCAGCAGACCGCCCAAAUGUUGAAGACCAUGAGCUGGUGGAAAGGCUGCAACAGCCUUACGUGGAAGCUCUUCAUUCCUACACCCGGAUCAAGAGACCAACUGAUCGGUUGAUGUUCCCUCGCAUGCUGAUGAAGCUCGUCUCUUUGCGGACUCUGAGCAGUGUCCAUUCCGAGCAAGUCUUUGCAUUACGACUUCAGGAUAAAAAAUUGCCUCCUCUCCUGUCAGAAAUCUGGGACAUGCAUGAAUGACCCCGGAGUUUUCCGUGCAGAGUCCAGCUCACGGAAACAGAUAGACUGUCAAAUUGGAGAGAACUUCUUUUGGUGGGAAUGAGAGCAGACAAGGACAGAGUUAUUAAGAGUUUCAACUGCAAUUGUCAAUGCAAUACCCCAUGUUUAGAGACAUUUUAAGGGGAUUUCCUGUGUUAAAUCUAGGAGGAUUCCAUUUUACGAUUGCUUUGUUGUUUUAACGUGUUAACCAUAUGGUAGCUGACUGUCUCUGUCCAUGUUCACAGAACAGAUCUCUAAGGCACAGUCUUGUUUGAAUGUAGUGAUGGCCAGAAUUUGUGAAAGGAAUAGGGGAACUGGCUCUCCAUUUCCCUGUCAAAAACUACAGUCCCCAAACUGAGAGCCAGGCUCAUGUUUGCCAGUGAGCAGCAGGACAGUGAGGGAGCAGAGAGACUGUUGCGCGGGCCAGUGUUACCAAGAGAUAUACUACCAACUAACCAAGGUCAGAAUGUGCCACAAUCCAGCUUUAUAUGGAGCUAUUGAUUUAUAAUAAUGCACUAAAACCAACUGGAAAGCUCACUCAGACUGAUUAUCUGUUUUACAGUGUUUCUGACUGAAACCUGUUUAAAAGUUUCCAAAGUCCAACCGGACCAUUGGGCUGCUGUCUCAUUACAUAAAGAGAUGGUGGUUUAAUUUGUGGGUCACUAUGCCUCAGAUAAUGUUGGAGGGAGAGACCUUCACAGAAACUUCAUCAGGUGGGGGAAUUGAAACCAUGUUGUUGGAAUCAUUUCCCAUUGCAAAUCAGCUGUCCAGUACAGUGUUUCUGCCUAGUAUCUUUUUAUAGUGCCUCUGUCUUUGUUAUCUAUUUCACAGUGUCCCUGUUUCUGACUGGUAUGUGCUUUACCGUGUCUGACUGGUAUCUGUUUUACAAAAUCUAUCUUUGACUGGUAUCUGUUUCACAAUAUCUCUGAUUGGUUAUCUGCUUUGCAGUGUCUCUGUCUCUGACAUUUUGUAUUCACUUGUGUGGUGUGGACAUUGUUGGCUGGGCCUUUGAAAAGAUAGUGGUGAGCUGCCUUUUUGAACUGUUGAAGUCCAUGUGCUGUUGGUAUACCCACAAUGCUCUCAGGGGAGAAGUUCCAGGAUUUUGACACUGUGACAAUGAAGAAACAGCGAUAUAUUUCCAAGUCACAAUGGUGAGUGGCUUGAAGGUGAACCUGAAGGUGGUGGUGUUCCCAUG